GAAUAAGUUCAUCAUGUAGAGAAGCACAAAGCCUUCACAUUGAAAUUCCGCCCGUGGGAGGAAAGGUCUCGCUAAAUAUGCGCGUCAAAGUAAAGGAAUGUAUUACGUUGGUUUAAUUGGAAAAACGCGAUGGGGGUGCGAGGUCAGUUGAGUGGGCUCCCUCCUCCCAUAAUAGGCAGUUACGAUACGAUCUCAGGGCGCGCAGUCGAGCUGGGUGCUCGGUGCUCGGCAGUGCCGCGCCACUCACCCCAGCGGUCGCGAACCACCAGUUCGCCGAUUGUCACCAAACAUUGGCAAUAUCCGAGUGUAAAAUACAGAAACAACUCUACGUAUGGAGGUCGGCUAGUACUGGACCCAUGAAUCAUGGGCUGCACGAGCAGCGCUCCAAGUAUGGCUCCACCGAAUGCCACAGAAAGAAAUAUAUCAUUUGCAGACGAAGAAGAAAAGCCAACGGAGGAGUUAAAGAAAAUGGAAACUGAAACACGAGCCAUUAUUGAAAAUAAGGUGCUUCCUAAUAUGUGUGAUAAUUUAGAUGAAUCAAUACUAUUAUCUCAAACCGGCAAAUCUAUAUUAGACACUGCAAGUCAGCGAAUAGAUAAAGAUGUACAGACGGAUAGUUUUAGGAUAGAUAACCAAAACGCCUGGGAUGAAAGUUUUAGAUUAAUGCAGGAAGAAAAAGAGCACACUCCAAAAUUAGAAGAAGUGGUCGAGCAAGUGGUGGAGAUGUUGCAUUCAGGCAACAACACUGAGAGUGCGAGGAGUACUCCCGAGGAGCCUGACGCUCCCCCCGAGGUCGCGGAGGCUAGCGAACAAGUCGACGCUGCGAACACUGCAGAACAACUAGAUAACAAUUGCGAGCAUUUAGAAGCAAUGGUCAGCCCGAGUCAGUCGGAGAGCAGUCGGGCCACGCGCUGGGAAGCGCUAGCGGACAUCGCGGCAGAGCUUCCACCAUCACUCGCCGUCGACCCUCUUACCGGACAAAUCUACACCUUAAAGUGA